UGUUGGCUUGGGACUAGUUUCUGCUUCCAGCGAUGGCGCAGAGGUGUCAGGUUGUGGCAGGAGUCGGAGUUACCGAUGGUCGAGUGACCAUAACCUUCAUGCAUACAGGUGUCUAUAAGUAGUGACCUCUGUUGUGCCCCAUUGUCCACUGCUCAAUAAUUACGAAAAUAAAUUAUUAAACAACAAUGAUGCUUUAUCGAUGUAUGGAGUGAAAAUCAUGUUGGAUUGGAUUGUUAAUCAUUUAUUUAAAAAUAAAUGAGAAGCAGAGAAAUUGAAGAAUGAAUGAAAAAUUUCGGUGAUGGACAGGCAAUCAAACAAUUUGGAUUCUGUUGUCUUUAAAAACUUUAUUUAAUAAACUAAAUAUAAUAAUCACAAGUCUACGAGUUAGAGAAUAGACUGAUUCAGCCGGUGUAUUUAUUUGUUCAUAAAUAUUAUUGUUUAGAAGUGGUAAAGUUUACAUGUUGAGCCCCUAACAUAUGCGCCACUGGUUUCCACUGUUCUCCCUCGCCCCCGCACCUUGUCAAUGAGGGUGGUGAUAAAUAGGGUAGGGACUGGGGAGGCUGCGUGUGCUGUUUCACCAGACUGGGUUACAGCAACCCGUUAGUUAAAAAAACAAAAAGCGAAUAGGAAGAACAUGGCGAUUCAUAAUGUACUCAAUUUGGGGAAGAUAAUAAUAUAAAGAUUAAUAGUGGAACCAAGUUCGACUCAACUUCUGGUGGAGUUUCAUUUUGAAUCCACACUUCGGUGGUGUUUCACUUUGGAUUCACAUUUUUAGACAAAACGACCCGUGCUAGGUCACUUUUUUAAAGAAAAUAUUGAAAAAUUAUGGCACCGUCCGGGAUGGAAGUGAUCCUUGUUGGGUUUAUACUCGUUCUUCCAUUUUUGUACGAAACGAGUAAAACCUUUAGGUAUUAUUUCAAAUUUCUCAUGUACUAUGGAAUCGUCAUGGUGAAUUCUAUUAUUCUCAUACCCCUCAUGACAUUUCGGCCUGGGAAUGUCAAAAACUUACUAUUAGCAUCUUCUUUGUGCCAUCACAUCAGCACUCUGCUGGGUCUACGAUGGGAGUUGAGAGGUCGAGAACAUCUGGAGAAAGAGCGUGCUUGUAUCAUAGUCUCCAAUCAUCAGAGUUCUAUUGACAUUUUAGGAAUGUUCGAUAUUUGGCCAGUUAUGGAGAAAUGCACAGUUGUUGCUAAAAAGGAAAUUUUUUACUUUUGGCCCUUUGGACUGGCUGCCUGGCUAUGUGGACUCAUUUUUAUCGACAGAAUGAACUCUGAGCAGGCACGAAAUACUCUCAAUAGAGCUACGAAUAAUAUUAAAGAAAAGAAGAUUAAAUUGUGGAUUUUUCCUGAGGGCACGAGAUACAACGAUGGGGAAAUUCAUCCUUUCAAGAAAGGGGCUUUUCACAUGGCUAUUAACUCUCAAUUGCCUAUUCUACCCGUAGUAUUCUCAUCGUAUUACUUCUUGAACACAAACGAAAAGAGAUUCGAUCCAGGGCGAGUUAUCAUCACAACUUUACCCCCAAUUUCUACAGAGGGUCUGGGACCCAAUGACAUUGAAUCUCUCAUGACGAGAACGCAGUCAACAAUGACAGAAGUAUUUCACGUGUCUAAUGGCGAAGUCCAGCAAACGGUCGCGUGCAAACUCCAUUCCCAGUAGUAUAAAACGCACAGAAAAUCUGCCAGAUUUUCUUCGAAAACCAAAGACUUGACUUGACUAUACAUUUUACAAAACAGCUUUUGAUAAUUCAUUAUUGAUGACUCGAUGGGUGAUAUAUGCAGUGAUACGUACAACCAACGACAAUUACAAUUGGGAUAAAUACUCCUUUUUUAAAUUAUUUACUUAUAAUUUCAAGCGUACUCAUUAGUAUUAGUAUUCAAGCGAGAUUAGUUUACGUCGUAGACGAUUAUUGCCAUUACUAAUCUCAAAUUUCAUCGCCAUAUUCUAUGUAUUCAGUAUUACGUUCCUCCCCGAUACUGAGGAUUUUUAUUUUACUAUGUCAAGUGAUGACCCGUACUUCGGUUUACCCGCAGUACUAGUGUGUACUAAAAACAUUUCCAUUGUCUUGAAUGUUGCUUAUUUAUUGUACUCAUUUACACUCAUUUUUUCGAUUUUUAUAGAAGUGGAUUGUUUCAUAUUUUAAUUAAUUAAAAUAUCAUUUGUAGAAGUGAAAUUGCUCUGUAAUGCAUAUUGUUCGAUUGAACGAGAAAAAAGUUGAAUGAAGAAUGAACACUUUGAAUAAAUAAAUUGCCACAUUCUGAAGAAAAAAGACCUAGUUUUUUUCAAUCUAUUAUCCUUGAAUUCAUGAAAUUCAUGGAGUAGAUCGAGAGGUCCUGAUCGAGUGAAAGUAAAAGUGUCAUUGAAAUUCAUCCAACCUUUGACCACAUAUUUAUUCCACUUUAUGGCAAUGACAGAACUCAAACCAAAACAAGAGUAAUAGAAUGUCAAAGGAGUUUCUACAUGUUCGGAAAAUCUGGUCCCGAUAAGCCCUUUUUCUGUUGGCUCUCAGUCCAAGCUUUUGCAAUGGUCCUCUUCAUGUCAUCAUCACCCUCGGUAUACAUCUUCUUCAUGAGAUUCAUGAGACCCGCUUCUGCAUUGUCACCGUCGCCCAUGUUAGGGACUGGUAAGGCCUUUGCCUCUUUCAGCCUCUUCUCGAUGCCACUGACGUGUGACCAACGUUUUGCUGUUCUCUUAGCCAAAAAUACAACAAUCAUAUCAGUUUUGGUUUUUGUGUAACUCUUGUCCGGAUUAAUAGCCUCACACAGAUUGGAAAUUGGUAGAUGGUAAUUUUUUUUAUCGAGGCCAUUGACACGAAGAUGCAUGGAGGUUUCUUCGAAGUCACAGGUUAUGUUCUCAGCCGGCAGUGUGUGAACAUUCUUCAAUGUAAUGUACAACUUCAUAAAGUUGUCUGAGUCGUCCCAUGCAUAAUUUGUUAAUUUAAUAGUAUAGCAUUUGGAAUCAGAAUUUGUGGGUAAAGGCUUUGAU